AUGAGAUCAUUGACGACUUUGCUUCUCUUGUCCCAGGCUGUCGCAACCGCAGAACUCGACUAUGACGUUAUCCUUCCACCCCAGGAGCCCACAGUCACGAAGGAUCCUCGCGAGUGCAACUUCCUCAACCUUCACACAUACUUCUCAAAUCCCACACCGACCGGAGACCUCGAAGAUGUCCUCAUAUCUUACGGUGACGAGCUGAACAAAGACUGUCCGUGGACUGACCGCGGUAUCGGAGGUCUCAAGACAUGCCCUUAUCCUGCGCAGUCGGUUUGGUGCGCCUUUAGCGACUACGCACCAGCGAGCAUUUUGCCUGCUUGGGCUGGUCACGUCAGUGAGGCAUCAUCUUGGUGGGGUGAGCACAGCUCUGAGAUUGUCGAGUACGCCUCGAUGUGCCCCAAGAGGUGGUUCAAUGCGAUGAUCAGCGUGCCGUAUGGGUGGAUUGCGCUGAACAACACCAUUCACUGGGCUAGUUGCGUUGUUGAGGCGCAUGCAACGGAUGGGAACAAAGUUCUCCAGGCUUCACCCCUCGAGUCGACUUCGGCAACGACAGGAAUGAGGACAUCUGAGAACGGCCCGAAAGAAACUGCGGGCGCGAAGGGAACUGCUCGCUUUGAGGAGGCUACCAGUUCUGAAGGGACAGCAAGAUCUACAGAUAGCAGUAGCGGUGUCGCCAAUCAGGCUAAUGGUACUGGUAUUUGGAAGAUUGUUGGUAUCGGUAUGGCUGCCAUGGUAGUCAACUGGGUCCUUUGA